AUUCCCCCCCGUUUUCUUGAUGUUCCCUUUCUCAACACACUCUUAGGAUCUUGCUGGCAGACUGCCUUCCACUCAUUACCGUGCACUCGCACAUCCACUCUUUAUCGAAUCUCGAGUAGUCUCGAGUCCAUUCCUUUUUUGGACAGUCCAGCAGCAGCACCCUGAGCAAUUGUUUAUAUAUUUCAACCCGCCAUGUUUUUCUCCCGGAUUGCCGUUCUGGCAGCUUUGGCUAGCUACGCCACCGCUCAAACAUCGACUGAAUGUGACCCAACAAAGAAGUCAUGUCCUGCGGAUCCCGCCUUGGGCACCGAACACACAUGGAACUUCAACACGACCUUGGACGAGAAGAUCUGGAAUAUGGCCACCGGAACCUACGAGCACGAUGAUGAUGGAGCCAAGUUCACCCUCUCCAAGGAGGGAGAGUCCACCCUCCUACAGUCCAACUUCUAUAUCUUCUUCGGUGUCGUCGAAGCUCACGUCAAGAUGGCCAAGGGCGGAGGCUUGGUCAGCAGUGUGGUCUUGGAGUCUGACGAUCUGGAUGAGAUCGAUUGGGAGUGGAUAGGAUACAACACUACUGAAGUGCAGUCCAACUUCUUUGGCAAGGGUAACGAUACCACCUUCGAUCGCGGCGGAAAGCACUACGUCGCGAACGCAGACACCGAGUUCCACAAUUACACCACAUACUGGGACCAGGAUAAACUUCAAUGGUGGAUUGACGGCGAAAUGGUUCGCGAACUCAAAUACGACGACAAGGGCACGUUGUUUGGCGAAAACUACCCACAGACCCCCUGUCGUGUCCAAUUCAGUCUCUGGCCCGCUGGUUCGAAAAAUGCAAAAGAGGGUACUAUCGUAUGGGCCGGUGGCCUUGUCGACUGGAAUGCCGCCCCUUUUUCUAUGACCCUUGGAAAGCUGCGUGUUAAAGACUUCCACUCUGGCAAGGAGUACAGCUACGGGGACCGUUCAGGUUCCUGGCAAAGCAUCAAAGUGGCGGACGGAAACUCGACCGUACUGGAAGAACUGAACAAACCAGCGGAUAAGUCUCUGUCAGAGAAGUGGGACGAUCUGGGCCAGGGAGCCCACAUUGGAGUCUACAUUGGCGCCGCCGUCGCCGGUGCGAUUUGUAUCGCAGCCUUCCUGUUCUUCUGCCUGCGCCAGCGCCGCCAGGGCCGUCUCGAGAACGCGUUGGGCAACAACCCGGUUCCUCUUAACCGUGAUGAGAUGCAGAACUUCCAGAAAGACUGGAGGCAGAGUGAGUGGAAGCAGAACGGUGGCUACCAGCAGGUUAACAACUAGCCGGCUUGUCUAAGUACAGACACUAGCAACCCCACGAACUUGCUUUUGGACCUCUAUAAUGAAUAGUUCUGUGAUUCUUUUCCCUUUCGUUUCGCGCCGUGCCUCUUCACAGAUUGGCCGCCAUGACCACAUCAAUUUUGGGCAUCUGUGAUGGCCGACGGAGUCGGAAUAAUGUCCCCUUUCCUUUCGUCCCGGCUUUCCUGCUUACCGUCAUUUUUCCUACUGUCUCUUGCCUCUGUCUCGUGUAUACGCAGAGCCACCAGCUCUGCUCCCCCGUUCUGUUGAUAUCCCUUUUUUGAUCCUCGGAUCACAAUUCCCUUCGUUGGCGUUGUUCAGGUCGCCUUUUGCUUCGUUUGCAAUUUGCCUCUCCAUACAUCCAUGUAAAUAUAUUGCCAUAUAAACCGGGGUUUCUUUCAA